UGGAAGGAAUGGUAGUUAUAGAGGGAGAGGGGUCAGGGGCAAGCAGAUACACGCUGAAACCGACGCGUAUAAGCAACGAAGACAUACUGUUGUGCAUAGACGUGGACGCAGAAUCGCUGGUGGAAAUGAAAAGCAUGGGGCCAAAUGGUCGACCUUUCACCAGAUUGGACUCCAUCAAGCAAGCCAUCCUUCUUUUUGUCAACGCCAAGCUCUCCAUUAAUCCCGAACACCGCUUCGCCUUUGCCACUCUCUCUAAAUCUGCUUCUUGGCUUAGGAAAGAGUUUAGCAGUGAAGUUGAUUCUACAAUUGCUGCGCUUCGGGGACUCGCAGCUACUUCAUCUUGUGGUGCUGCAGAUCUUACCGGUCUGUUUCGGGUGGCAGCUCAUGAAGCAAAGAAAUCCCGUGCUCAGAAUCGAAUAUUUAGGGUGGUUCUUAUCUACUGCAGAUCAUCCACAAAGCCACAACAUCAAUGGCCUAUAAACCAGAAACUCUUUACUUUGGAUGUUAUUUACCUCCAUGACAAGCCUGGACCUGACAACUGCCCCCAGGAGGUCUAUGAUGCACUUGUGGAUGCCCUUGAGCAUGUCAGUGAAUACGAGGGCUACAUACAUGAGAGCGGGCAGGGGCUAGCACGUGUGCUCUUCCGUCACAUGUGUGUGCUGUUAUCACACCCUCAGCAGCGGUGCCCACAAGAGUAUGUUGACAUACCCAAGUCUCUUACAAAGAAGUCGCCUGCAUCAGACUCGGUGCCUGGCGAAGAUAGUGUUCCCAUAUCAAGCCAAUGAGAAUUUGUCAAUUGAAUGAGUUAUCGGAUUCUCGUCUUCCUUCUUAUCUUUUGAUUUUGUGAGUAUAACUUAAAUGUUUUCUUUGGAGGAAGUUGAUACGUGCAUUUUGUAAAUGAGAAUAAGGAAACUAUUUGACCUUCCAAUUUCUAUAUAAAUUUAUAGUUUUUUUCUUGUCAAAA